AAUGUCACUUCACCCUCUCUCUCUGCACUUUCGUCUUUCUCUCUCCUCUCAGCUGUUUCUCGUGCCAUUUUCUGCAACUUCCCAUUUCUCAUAAAUCUUGGACCUUUGCCGAAAAAAUGGCGAAACGUCUCUUCAAUCCCAACCCCUAAUUUCUCCCAUUUUAUUUUAUUUUUUUCAAAAUUUUGCAACUUCGAUUUUUCAGCUGAUUGCUUAUCGGAAAUGAUAAAUCCUGACCUAAUCGUAGAAAUUUGAAAAAUUUACAGAGAGAUUUCGUAGUUCUUUGAGCUUUCUCUCUCGGUACGUUGAAUUUAUGGCAAUAAAGAAAAAGAUAAAAUUAAAUGCGGAGAACAACUACCGCAAUCGAAUUCACAUGCAUCCUUAGAUUUUAAUUAAUUCGUCGACUCUUCAUUUCUUCUUUUUUUUCAGGGAAAUUCAUUUCUCCUUUCUUCUACUGUUACUCCAUCAUUUUUUUCAUAAAAAAUAAAUAAAUCUCUCCCCAUUUUUCUUCCAUCACUCUAAAAAAAAACUGAAUUAUUAUGAUUUAUAGCUUUUGAAAUAAUUGGGUUGAGUUUCUUUUCUUUAUUUUUAAUUUCUUUGGGUUCAAAUAAUGAUGGGUUCAAUUUCUGAGAGACCCACAUCAUCAUCUUCAACAUCAUCAAGCUCAAAUGGCCGGGAAAUAGAUCCAUUGUUAAGGGAUUUGAGUGAGAAAAGACAAAACUUUAAACGGAACGUGGUGUCGUUGGCGGCGGAGUUAAAGGAGGUUCGAACUCGGCUUGCUGUCAAAGAGCAAUCUUAUGCUAAAGAAACCCUAACAAGACAGGCAUCCGAAGCAAAGGCGAAAGGAAUGGAAGAGGAGAUGUAUAGAUUGAAUAAAAGUUUGGAGGAAAGAAAUAAGCAAUUACAAGCAUCAGCUUCAUAUGCUGAAAAGUACCUCCAUGAGCUGGAUGAUCUUAGAACCGAGCUCACUAUUACUCGAGCUACAGCAGAUGCAAGUGCUGCGUCAGCUCAAUCAGCCCAACUGCAGUGUCUGACUUUGAUGAACGACCUCGAUGAAAAGAAUAAUUCAAUAAAGGAACACGAAGAUCGUGUCAAGAGGCUAGCAGAACAAUUAGAUAAACUGCAGAAAGAUCUUCAAGUUAGGGAGUAUUCACAGAAGCAACUGAAAGAUGAAGUCAUGAGAGUUGAGCAAGAUAUCAUGGAAGCCGUGGCAAAAGCUGGCAUCAAUAAGGAUUGUGAAUUGAGGAAGAUCUUAGACGAUAUCUCUCCAAAGAAUUUCGACAACAUAAACAGGCUUUUAUCUGCCAAAGAUGAAGAAAUUACCAAAUUAAGGGAUGAACUCAGGAUUCUGUCUGCACAUUAUAAGUUAAAGAUCAAGGAAUUGGAAACUCAGUUGGAGAAGCAUCGAAAGGCUGAUCAAGAGUUGAAGAAGCGAGUUCUGAAAUUAGAAUUUUGUCUCCAGGAAGCUCGUUCUCAAACAAGAAAGCUUCAGAGGAUGGGGGAGCGAAGGGACAAGGCUAUAAAAGAACUGAAGGAUCAAUUAGCUACUACGAAACACCAGGUUGUGUCGAAGAGUGAUGAGAAGCAGAAUUUCUGGGAAAGUUCCAAUUUCAAGAUCUUAGUUUCCAUGUCAAUGGUGGUCUUGGUUGUUUUCUCGAGGCGGUAAAAUAUUUGUUUAUAAGUGUAGUUUUGUAGAAUGCAAGGGAAUCCUAUCCUAGGAAUCCAUGUUUUAGGAUAUUAGGAAGAAUUAGAGAGGUAGUAUCUGUAAAAAAAAAACCCGAAAAGGGCCUCUUUUUUCACCCUCAUUUUACAGUUAGUACACCGGCAGAGUACAUCGUUUUGAUGUCUCUAUAAGUAGAAUAUUCCGGAGCUCGAACAUGUGAUCAGAUGAAUGUAUAAUUUAGGAUUAAUUACAUAUAAUUAGAGGGAAAUCAAUCAAUAUUAGAACAUCUGUUUUCUA